AUGCACCCGCCCGGCGCCCCGCUCGCCAUGGCCGAGGGCGCCUUCUCGCUGGCCGCCCCGGCGGCGCGGAGCCCCGGGGGAAACCCGUCGAGGCUGCACAGCAUCGAGGCUAUCCUGGGGUUCGCCAAGGAAGAUGGGCUGCUGGGCGCCUUCCCGCCCGACGGCAGCGCCAAGGACACGGACCGGCGGGGGCCCCGGCAUUGCCUGCCCAAGAUGCCCGGAGAGCCGCCGCCGGCCGAGCCCCAGGGACUCGCCGAGCGUUUCCAAGAGCCGUAUUGUCCCGGCAGCGCCAGCCCCGAGCUGCCCGCUGACAGCAGCGGCGAGGGAAAGCCGUCGGAAGAGGAACAGCCCAAGAAGAAGCACCGGCGAAACCGCACCACUUUCACCACGUACCAGCUUCACGAAUUGGAGCGUGCCUUUGAGAAGUCCCACUACCCCGACGUGUACAGCCGCGAGGAGCUGGCCAUGAAGGUCAAUCUGCCCGAAGUCCGCGUCCAGGUUUGGUUUCAGAACAGAAGGGCUAAGUGGAGGCGGCAGGAGAAACUGGAGGUGACCUCCAUGAAGCUACAAGAUUCGCCCAUCCUCUCGUUCAACCGCUCGCCGCAGGCAACACCCAUAGGUCCUCUGAGCAGCAGCCUGCCCCUGGAGACGUGGCUCAGCCCGCCGGUGCCCAGCAGCACAGCCCUGCAGACCCUGCCUGGCUUUGUGGCCUCGCCACAGAGCCUGCCCGGCAGCUACACACCACCACCCUUCCUGAACUCUCCAGCAGUGACCCAUGCGCUGCAGCCCCUGGGGGCCAUGGGGCCACCGCCACCUUAUCAGUGUGGGGCAACCUUUGUGGACAAGUUCCCUUUGGAUGAGGCAGACCCACGGAACACCAGCAUUGCCGCCCUGCGGCUGAAGGCCAAGGAGCACAUCCAGUCCAUUGGCAAACCCUGGCAGACAAUCUGAACUCCUUCUCAGCACCUGGGAGGAAGCCAUGGGGAAGGCACAUCCCAGAACACCGGAGGGACCCUGUUACCCUGCCUUGGCUGCCGCUGAUGGCCAGGCACAGGAGGACUGUCCCUUGCACCAGCCUUUCCCUUAUGCCUUGACAUGCUUUUGUAUUUUGUGGUCCUUUUAAUUCCCUUUUCCAUGACCCCUGAAGAGUUAGGGGCCUGAUCAUAGCUUAGGAAGAACAAUCUCUUUUGCUCUCCCUCCUUGGCUGGAUGCUUUAGUUGCAAUAAAUGCUACAGGAGGGCAAACAGCUGUGUAAGGUGGCUGGGAGCCCAGGACUGCCGUACCUGGGGAGAGGGUUCUGCUUUUGCACCAUUAAAUAGCACCAUCUGCA